AUGCCGUCGAGGUUUACCUAUCAGCCCGUUCGGGAAUACCAUGUGGUAGUUUUAGGUGCAGGUGGUGUCGGGAAGAGUUGCUUGACUGCCCAAUUUGUCCACAAUGAAUGGAUUGAGAGCUAUGAUCCGACAAUCGAGGAUUCAUACAGGACGCAGGUGACUGUUGAUGGACGGCAAGUAGUACUCGAGAUCCUCGACACUGCAGGAACAGACCAAUUCGUCGCUAUGCGCGACCUGUUUCUCAAAUCGGGGCAAGGGUUUCUUCUAGUCUUUAGCAUCGCCUCCCGCAGCUCGUUUGAUGAGCUCGCGACCUUGAGAGAAGAGAUUCUCCGCAUCAAAGACGACGACACGGUCCCGAUUGUGAUGGUGGGCAACAAGGCCGAUUUGGAAGAUCAGAGGGCGGUGGACAGGGCGAGGGCGUUUGGGGUUUCGAGGAGUUGGAACGCGCCGUAUUAUGAGAGCAGUGCCAGGACGAGGACGAAUGUGGACGAGGUGUUUAUCGAUCUUUGUCGGCAGCUGUGCAGGAGGGAAGACAUGCUGGAGGAGCGGGCGAGGGAUGACUUGGGGCAGAAGAUGAGUGAUGAGGCGGCGAAGAAGAGGAGGAGGAGGAGGAGGAGGAAGGAGAAGUGUGUAAUUCUUUGA